AUGCCAACACACAAGAGAAAGCGCGAUACAGUCGUGAGCAGCAUGUAUACCACGGAGCAAAAACCGAGCGUUGAAGAGUGGCUUGCAGGUACUACGCAAAAGAUUGGCAAUCCCGUGAUUGCGCAGGGGUUGAAUGUGCUUGAGAAACGCAUAGCCAACUCGGAACGCCAGCCUAGCAUGGAUAAGGAACCAUCGGAGAGAGAUCAUAAACGAGAUGACGAAAUUAAGGAUAGGAUCAAAUAUUUGAAAGAGUUAGUCCGCAGACAAAAUGAAAGACUGAAGAGAUCUGAACUCCAGGGGAAUACAGCUCAACCAUGGAUUCAGAGCUUGCAAGAGCAGCUCAGCAUGCGAGACAGCAUGCUAUAUUCCCUUCAACAACACACUGAUUUGAGAAAGAGGCUCGGCAUGCAUGAAAGACUACUAGAGAUUUCCGACCAACAAAUAAACGCACAGCAAGAGCUUAUAAAACACUUGCUUGAAGCGCAAGCUACAACUUCACGACAGCUGGCCCUUGUUUCACAAAAUCUUUCGCAACAACCCGAGAAAUGUGUGCAACAGCCACAAGUGGAAGAACCCGAGGAGAAACAGUAUCGUUCCGUCGGAGUCAACACAAGUACAGAUGCUUCUGAUUAUGUCCUUGUCUCAGAAGAUGAAGCCACUAGUUGA